ACAUUAAUAAUUGGGCAUUUCGAUCUAAGAAUUUAGGGCUCUUCUUCUUCUCGAGCUCUCCGAGUCAUCAUCAGUGUUCUAACCGGCGACUUCAUCCACUCCGCGAUCUGAGUUCGAUCGCGAUGCGGCGUCGGUUGCCCAAUCUCUCAAUUUCUGUCAUAUUAUUAUUUUGUUGCUCCAUUUUCAUCUUCAGCUCGAUCAGCAAUCCGUCUGUAAAUGCUGAAGUCAUAACCCUUAAUUCCGAAAUUUUUAAUGACAAGAUGCAGGAGAAAGAUACUGCAUGGUUCGUCAAGUUCUGUGUCCCUUGGUGCAAGCACUGCAAGAACUUAGGGACACUAUGGGAGGAUUUGGGGAAGGAGAUGGAAGGUGAAGAUGAAAUUGAGAUCGGAGAGGUUGAUUGUGGCACAGAUAAACCAGUGUGUUCUAAGGUGGAUAUUCAUUCAUAUCCCACCUUCAAGUUGUUUUAUAAUGGAGAAGAAGUUGCAAAAUACCAAGGAACUAGGGAUGUUGAGUCACUCAAAAGAUUUGCUCUAGAAGAAACACUUCAAGCAGCUACAAAAGCACAACUCAGUGAUGAUGCUGAGUUAUAACUUACCCCUCAGGUCAAGACAGAUAGCCGCAUGUGUCCUUGGCCACUAUCCUUGCGGUUUUACAACAGCAGCUUUCUUACCUUUUGUUCGAAACAGAUUAUUCAGUUACUCUUUUUGUUUAGAAAUAGAUUUCCCUUACAGACCUUUUAUUAUUAGAUCAUUUGUUAAGCAAAAUUUUGCUUCAUGAGAAAACUAUUAGGAGACAAAUGUGAGUUAUGUUGUCA